GAGCAUGGGCAACUGAUAAAAGGAGAUUUCCUGUUGGUUUCCCUGCAGCCUUUUGCAACAACCCAGCAGCAACUGGGUGGUCAUGGGGGGCUGGAACAUAAACUAUCUGGGGGUUGCUAUAAAAAGGCAGAGCUGCCAGCUCCACGCAUCCUGCAGCAGCACCGAGCCGUGGGUCCUGCGUGGAACAGAGCAGAGCCUCCUCCAACCCUGCACUCAGCCCGUAGCAGACGCCCGUGCCCUGUCCUGCUGCACUCAGCAGCUGAGCUCAGCUGGUUCCAGAGGACUGGGUCCUCCGCUGCCUGGGGCAUCCCUGCUCGUGGCUGGACACCCAGAGCUUCCUGCACAUGGAGCACCUCGGCCUGCUCUGGGUGCUGCUGGCUGGCACCUUGGCUGGCACCUUGGCCACCAGCAGCACCCGUGUGCAAGACCUCGGCACCAUCGAUGAAGUGGCGAUGGACAUGGCCCAGAACUGCUUUGAUGACCAGUACCAGAACUGCACAUUCAAGACGACGAAGGAACUGCUGAAGCGGAGCCUCACUGAGUUCAACAAAAAGAUCUACAUCCAGACCCUGAAAACACUACUCAAGAAAUGGCGGAAAAUUUUGGGCAAAUCCAGCCACCGCGAGGGGCUGCAGAGGAAGCAGGCAUUGGCUUUGAUGGCGUACACUGCCGGGAAAGAAGUGCAAGCUCAGUUCAACGCAGCUGUGCGUGAGGGUGGGCAAUCCCACAACUAUUACCUCCAAUCCUUCCACUUCAAGACGCUGCACUUCCUCCUGACCAAGGCCGUGCAAAAGCUGCGGGAGGUCCAGGGCCAGAAGUGCCACAAUGUCUACCGUGGCGUCACUGGCACCCGCUUUACGGCCCAGCUCGAGCAGACCGUCCGCUUCGGCCAGUUCGCCACCACCUCCCUCAACGAGAUGGCUGCCCAGAAAUUUGGCCGGGACACCUUCUUUUCUGUGCACACCUGCUACGGUGUCCUCAUCAGGAACUUCUCCUUCUACCCUAAUGAGGAUGAAGUCCUCAUCCCACCCUAUGAGGUCUUCAUGGUCACCACCUUCACCCGUUACAAAGAGGGAACCUUCAUCCAGCUCCAGUCCAUUGGCCUACGCAGCACCUACAACUGUGCGCUGCUGAAUGGUAGACACAGCCAGCAGGGUGGGUGCCACCAGGAGAUGGGGCUGGGGCUGGGGCACAGCCCUGGGCAGGCGCCGCGCUCCCCGCGCUCCUCCAGCCAUGGCCGCAGGGCAGUGGGGCCCCGUGCCACCGGCUCUGUGAGGGGAAGGGGAGCCUUGUGGUGAAGGCAACAUCUCCGUGUGGGGAGCCUGGGGAGCCUGGGGAGCUUGGGGAGCUUGGGGAGCUUGGGGAGCUUGAAAAGAUGUGGAGCUGUGUGGAGGCAUGGGGGUGUGUACCGAAGGAGGAGCAGGAGGACCAAAGAGGGGUUAGGUUUGGGGUGUAAAAGGGCCGGUCA